CGUGUAUGCCAUACCAGCUCCAAUGUGAUGAUGGUUCCUGUGUAAAUGAUACAUAUAGAUGUGAUCAUAUUCACGACUGUACAUCAGGUGAAGAUGAAGCAGACUGCAUUAUCAUGAUGAUAGUGGCCUGUUCUCUUGUAAUAUUGGCAGCACAUUUAUGA